GUUGUAGGCGUGGUAUAGGUGGAGCUACAAAUAAACAUUUAUCCACGUCAGCCAUGAAAAGAUCCACUUAUCUUGUGAAUGGUCAAGUGGCUAGCAGUAAGCCAUGGAGUCUGGAGAAGCUGAGUGAACUGUUUUGGGCAUUCAUUAACUUCAUUACUUUAUUCUUCCGGACCUUGUUUGAUCCAACCUUAUCCAAGAAAGGCCCCGGCUAUUCGACAGACUAUCGCCGCAGCGGCCAGCGUCCUGACACUGGUAAAAGGAUCGGACGUAUUGGAGGAAUAGGAGGAUCAAAACCUCCAGGCUCUCCACCAAUGGGUGGUGGAUGAGGUUAAAGUACCUCCACAGGCUUUGUGGGGGUGGGGUGACUCCACCCAUUUCACUAUAAGCUAAGUGGAGAUAUAUAACUGGGAGAAGGCGGACAAUGACUUUUUCCUUUCUUUCUUGAUUUUGUGACGCCAUGUUAGGAAAAUGGCUACAGUCUAGCAUGGCUGAUGAUACAAGAAUGAAAGUGAAAUCUAUUGUUAUUAUAGAUAAUGCCAUUAUAAAUUUAUAUUAUUCUCAUUGUGUCAUUAUAAUAUAUAAUUAAUUUUAGCCAGUCUGCAUUUUAAAAAGUGAUGUUUGAAGCAGUAUAAUUAU